AUGGCUGAGCAACGAAAACAGGAGAAGGACUUCACGAAGGAGGUUGACGAGCUACUCCCGGAGACGAAGUCUCUCGCCCAGGCGGGCAAGCUGCAAGAAGCCCUGGACAAGUUGUUCGCAUUUGAGAAGCAGACAAGAAACGCUUCAGAUGCAGCGUCCACCACCCGUCUCGUGAAGGAGAUCUCACAAUUGUGUUACGAUGCCCGGAAUUACGCUCUCCUGAAUUCAAGCAUCAACACGUUAAGCAAGAAGCAUGGUCAGUUCAAAGCUUCUACGCAGGCAAUGGUCGAACAGGCCAUGGAAUGGUUGGAUGAACUUCGGACUCGGGAGGGCGAUGAGAAGUGGCUGGAGUUGAUCGAGACAUUGCGCACAGUCACAGAGGGCAAGAUCUUCUUGGAGACACCACGAGCUCGGGUAACCCUCAAGCUUACACACUACUAUGAGUCGCUUGCUCGCCCUACUGAGGACCCUGCGAAGCGAAGAGAGCAUCUGCAGAAGGCAACCGACCUCAUUAGCGACUUGCAGGUCGAGACAUACUCUUCGAUGGAGCGCCGAGAGAAGACCGAGUUCAUCAUGGAGCAAAUGCGCGUGCUGAUUGUCUUGGCGCAAGUGAAGGACGUAGAGGAUGCUGCCUCGGAAAAGAAGGGCACGAUGGGAGGUGGCGAGGCAGAAUGGGUCAAGGUUCGCGUCGCCAGUAGGAAGAUCAACGAGGGGUUUCUGAAGGAAGAGGCAAACGAGGACCUCAAGAUGAAGUACUACGAGAUGAUGAUUCUCUAUGCCCUCAAACACGAUGCCUAUCUCGACGUUGCAAAGUACUACCACACGGUCUGGGAGACGCCUUCCGUCAAGGCGGACGAGAAGAUACGUGGUCAGGAGGCUCUCGAACACAUCGCUUACUACAUCGUGCUCGCCCCUCACGAUAACGAGCAGUCUGACAUGCUCCAUCGCAUCUUCCGGUACUCCGAAGUGGAGAAAAUGCCAUUGCACUACGAACUGCUCAAGAGCUUCACGACUCCGGAAUUGAUGAGAUGGCCGGGUGUUGAAACCAUGUACGGCCCACACCUUCGGCCUAACACCAUCUUCAAGAGCGACAAGCUCUGGGAUGACCUUCAUACAAGGGUUAUCGAGCACAAUAUCCGCAUCGUCUCUCAAUACUACACGCGCAUUACCCUCACUCGCCUGACACAGCUGCUUGACCUUUCACAGGAGAAGGCUGAGGAGACGCUCUGCAGGCUAGUAGUGUCCGGCACCGUAUGGGCCAAGAUAGAUCGACCGACAGGUACAGUGAACUUCCGGAAGGGCAAGAGCGCAGAGGACGUCAUGAACGACUGGAGCUCCGACAUGCAACGACUCUUGAGUCUUGUCGAGAAGACAUGGAUGGGUGUCAAUGCCGCACAGGCAGCACAGUCAAGAGCGGUGAAGGCAUAG